CUUAGGUCUAGGUGUUAAAGUUCAUGCAUAUAAUAUAUAGACACACAGAAUUAUUAUCCAAAUCGUUCGACUGACCGAAACUCAGAAGCGAGAACUCAAAAGGCUGCCCCUCCAUCAUUUGCAGUUUGUGAGGGUCGGCUGGGACUUCGGCUCAGCAGAGAAAUGGAAGGAAACCAGGCACUAAAUAAUUUCAAAGUUGGAUCUCUGCCCACUUUAAUAUACAUUCCUGACUUCAUUACAGAAAAUGAAGAAACUAUACUUCUAAAAAAUAUUUAUGAUGCCCCUGUAUCGAAGUGGAAAUCUUUAAAGAAUAGGAGGCUACAAAACUGGGGUGGUGUAGUUCAUGAAAAGGGUCUGAUAUCACAGGAUUUGCCCUCAUGGUUAACAAAGAUCACAUGCAGGAUAUAUGAAGAAUCUGGGCUAUUCCCAUCGCCAAUUAACCAUGUCCUUAUCAAUGAAUAUCUUCCUAACCAAGGCAUAAUGGGACACCAGGAUGGGCCAGCUUACUAUCCAGUUGUAGCAAUUCUGUCUCUUGGGUCACCUGUUGUUAUGAAUUUCACUCCCCAUUCAAGAUUGACAUUGGGCGCAGGCACAUGUACACAUAAUGCUAUGUAUUCAAAUUCUGAUGUGGGACUUUUCAAGAGUGAUACAGAUAAGUCGUUGGAUGAACACCACCCAUUUCCUGUCUUAUUGAUGCCGUGCAGUUUGCUUAUAUUCAAAGAUAAAGCAUACUCAGAUUACUUGCAUGCUAUAAACGACAGUGAGGUGCACAGUUAUGAUAAGGUUGUAAACGAAGCACAAGCUCGACCUUGGCAAGGCCUAGAUCAUCCAUCUUCACAGUUGGAUGGCACUGUUGAAACAUUGAAUACUGUGGACCUCAAGAGUAUUCAUAGAACUACCACUAGAGUUUCUUUAACAUGUCGAUUAGUUUUGAAAGUUCAUAAAAAUUUGUUCAGGUUUUAGUCAUCGGAUAGUGUAACAUAGUUCUUCUCUUCUGUUUUUUGGUCUGCUAACAUUAAGAGCAUUUCGCUCCCGACUGGGGGACAGUGGGAGCACAUGAUGACUUAUUUCAUUGCAUGCGGGUAUUAAUUAACAUGUGCGAGACAAGAUAUUUUGUUGCAAUGUACUUCAUUUUCACUAAGAAUACACUUGAAAGAAAGCAGUUUUGAGAGGAA